AUGGCGCUCAUCCGCAUUCCCCAAGCAGACAGGUUUGGGCAAAGUUGUGGUUUCACUCAGCAACCGACGAUGGCACCUACAAUCGAUCAGUCUCCUUUCGAGCACAUGUUCGACCUCGAAGCCGUCCCAACUUCUCCCGAUUCCGGCAACAUGAACGCUGCAGACGAUUCUUAUCUCGACCUCCCAGCCGCGGCCUUCCCCUGGUCCACCUGCGACGAGGCUGGUAAACCCGGCGGAAAAAGCGGCGGAAAGAGCGGCGAGGUGAACGCGAGCAAUGUGGCCCAGCGCUUGGAGCGGAAGCAACUUCUCGCGGCGCUUAUGGAGGCUCUCGCGGACUCUGCGGACGACACCGCCGCCGCAGAGGGGCCUUCCACUACGGAAUCCCUUGUCGGCGCUUCCCUCUCAUCCGCGGCGCUCACAGUAGGAUCGUGGAAGCGCAAGGCGUAUGAGAUCGAGGUGGUGCCCUCCGCGGCUGCGCCUCUCGUGGGCGGAAGCGAGGCGGAGGUGACUCUUAGAAUCUAG